UAAUGAGAAAAGGCCCAACUCACACACAGACAGUGGGACAUUCAUGUUAAACAGGUGCCUGAGGGAGUGAGGCUGCACCUUUAUUGUGUUACAUAGUUUCCCCCCAGGGGGCAAAUUAAGGCUCCACCCUCUCGUUAUCCCAUGCUAAUUACCUGCCUUUGAUAAACAUGUGACUAUGCUAAUGAAGGGCGUUAGAGUACAGGAACCCAUCAGCCUUCCUUUCCAUAUUGUGGGAGGAACCUUUUCCCCCAAACAAAGGCCCCGCCCAUAGGGGGUGGGAUCCAAAAUGGGCUAAAAAGCUGCGGGAAUGAGAGCUGAGUUAGUUUGGGGAAGAGACGUGUGGGUACAGGGUACAGGGGCUCUGCAGGCUAAUGAGGAGACUCUGCCCAAGGACAGAAGCUCCACUUCUCUGAUUCUUUGGAUAAAGACAAGAGGCCAUUAGACCGUGCAACUUCUCCAACACCAGGAAAUCCACACAUUGGAGAGAAAAACCUGUAUCCGACUGAGAAAAAGCUUUAGUGCAAUGAGCAUUCCCAACUCCCAGAUGGAACUUCCCUCAGUGGCACAACAUGAAUGCCCAGAAUGUGGGAAAAGAUUUUCAAAACAGAAGAUACUUAUUAUUCACCAGAAAAUUCACACAGGGGAAAACCCCUAUGCAUGCACAGAAUGUGGGAAACACUUCUCUCAAAUGAGUAAUCUACGCAGACACCAGAGGAUUCAUACAGGGAUAAAACCACUCGUGUGUAUAGAAUGUGGGAAAAGCUUCUCCCGUAAAAGCAGCCUGCAGGAACAUUUCAGAUUUCACACAGGGGAAAGGCUAUUUCCUUGUUCAGAAUGUGGGAAAAGUUUCUUUUCAAAGAGCCACCUUACCAGGCAUCACCGAACUCACACAGGGGUGAAACCGUUUCCUUGUGCAGAAUGUGGGAAACGUUUCUUUUACAAGAGUGACCUUACCAGUCAUCAACAAACUCACACAGGAGAGAAACUGUUUCCUUGUGCAGAAUGUGGGAAACGUUUCUUUUCAAAGAGUGACCUUACCAGGCAUCACCAAACUCACACAGGGGAGAAACCAUUUCCUUGUGUAGAAUGUGGCAAAUGUUUCUUUUUAAAGGGUGACCUUACAAGGCAUCACCAAACUCACACAGGGGAGAAACCAUUUCCUUGUGUAGAAUGUGGCAAAUGUUUCUUUUCAAAGGGCAACCUUAAUAGGCAUCACCAAACCCACACAGGGGAGAAACCAUUUCCUUGUGCAGAAUGUGGAAAAAGUUUCAUUUCAAAGUUCCAACUUACCAGUCAUCAACAAACUCACACAGGGGAGAAACCAUUUCCUUGUGCAGAAUGUGGAAAAAGUUUCAUUUCAAAGAGUGACCUUACCAGGCAUCACCAAACUCACACAGGGGAGAAACCAUUUCCUUGUGGAGAAUGUGAGAAAAGUUUCUUUUCAAAGGGCCACCUUACCAGGCAUCACCGAACUCAUACAGGAGAGAAACCAUUUCCUUGUGCAGAAUGUGGAAAAAGUUUCAUUUCAAAUAGUGACCUUUCCAGGCAUCACCGAACUCACACAGGGGAGAAACUAUUUCCUUGUGCAGAAUGUGGGAAAAGUUUCAUUACAAAGGGCCACCUUACCAGGCAUCACCGAACUCAUACAGGGGAGAAACCAUUUCCUUUUGCAGAAUGUUCUUUAUAAAUCCACCCAUGUCUGUACGUUUUGCGCCCAACACCCUCUAUGGACUAUAUACUAACUAUGAGCCCUUGUUUAGCUUCCCUAGACAGAUAUGUAUAUGAACACCAAUAUAUUUGCACUUUCUCUGGGCCAAACAUCAGAACAUCUGGACUAAACAUCAGAACAGUUCAUACUUUUUUCUUUUAAUCCCAUUGACCUAAUAUAUUUGUGGGAGAACAUUAGCUAUAGAAGAAGCCUGAAGAAUAUAUUUUGACAUCAAACAGGAUGUGAGAACGGCAUAUGAAAGAGCAGUAGCAUGUAAUCACUCUGAUUUGUUGGGGGCAAAUAGAUCUACUAGUAGAAUAAUAAUAAAUACAGGUAUGGAUUGAUAGGAUUCCCAUUGCUUAAGCACUACAUAUAGUAGGAAUGUGCACUUUAUUGAACGAGAAGUAAGUAGACAUUGGGAGAUAUUGUUGCAGGAUCCAACUUUAGGGGGGCUCCUGAGAAAUAAACCCUCUGUCGUAUUUCGUAAGGGGAGAGAUAUAGCAUCUUGGGUAUCAAAAAGUCUUUAUGAUUCCUUUACUAUUGAUAUGAAUUCCGCUUGGCUGAGGUAUAAACGUACUUACCGCUGCGGAAAAAAUCGUUGUAAAACAUGUUCUGUUAUUAACAUUUCUAAAGCAAUUGUAAGUUCCAAUACAGGCGAGGAGUAUGGUAUUAAGCAACAUUAUAACUGUACAUUGUUGUGUAUAUUAAAUCAAUCCGGGUCACGGCACCAAAA